AUGACACACCAAGGCGUGACACCAAGACAUGACAUGCCAAAACAUGACACACCAAGACAUGAUAAACCAACACAUGAUACACCAAGACGUGACACACCAAGUUAUGACACACCAAGAUAUGACACACCAAGACAUGACACACCAAGAUAUGACACACCAAGACGUGACACACCAAUUUAUGACACACCAAGUUAUGACACACCAAGACAUGACACACCAAGUUAUGACACACCAAGACGUGACACACCAAUUUAUAACACACCAAGAUAUGACGCACCAAGACAUGAUACACCAAGACGUGACACACCAAGUUAUGACACACCAAGACAUGACGCACCAAGACGUGACAGUCUAGCUCUAUGA